AUGGGCAUCCGUCAAGAAACUGGGACUUUUGGCGUGUGGGACUAUUUGGUGUUUGCCGGGAUGCUGCUCAUCUCCGCAGCCAUAGGCGUUUAUUAUGCCUUCUCCAGGGGCGGCCAGCAGACCCCGAAGGACUUCAUGAUGGGUGGGAGGCAAAUGACAGCAAUCCCGGUGGCGUUGUCCCUCACCGCCAGCUUCAUUUCGGCCAUCACCGUCCUGGGGACGCCCUCGGAGGUCUAUCGCUUUGGGGCCAUUUUCAGCGUUUGGGCUUUCAGCCACAUCAUAGUGGUACUCAUCACUGGUGAGAUUUUCCUCCCAGUCUUUUACAGGUUGGAAAUUACCAGCACCUAUGAGUAUUUAGAGCUUCGUUUCAAUAAACACAUUCGUCUCUGUGGAACAAUAUUCUUCAUCUUUCAAACGAUUUUAUAUACUGGGAUUGUUAUUUAUGCUCCAGCUCUGGCUUUGAAUCAAGUCACAGGAUUUGAUCUUUGGGGUGCAAUCAUUGUCACAGGAGUGGUCUGCACUUUCUACUGCACAAUGGGUGGUUUCAAAGCUGUCAUCUGGACAGAUGUUUUCCAAGUUGGAAUUAUGGUGGCAGGACUUUUGUCUGUGAUCAUAAAGGCUGCUGAGAUUCAAGGUGGGAUCGACAAUAUUCUAAAUGAUUCUUAUCAUGGAGGAAGAUUAAACUUCUGGGACUUCAAUCCAAAUCCUUUACAAAGGUAUAGCUUCUGGACAAUUACCAUUGGGGGGACCUUCACAUCAACCAGUAUCUAUGGCAUCAAUCAAUCCCAGGUUCAGAGGUACAUCGCUUGUAAAAGCAGGUUCCAAGCAAAAAUGUCUCUUUAUAUAAAUCUUGUAGGACAAUGGAUCAUUCUUGCCUGUACUGUUUUAUGCGGGCUUGCCAUUUAUUCAAGGUACCAUAACUGUGAUCCUUGGACUUCAAAGAAAAUAUCAGCACCAGACCAGCUCAUGCCCUAUUUAGUGAUGGAUAUUCUACAAGAUCAUCCGGGACUCCCUGGACUCUUUGUGGCAUGUGUAUAUGGUGGAACACUAAGCACAGUUUCCUCCAGUAUCAAUGCUUUAGCUUUAGUCACUAUUGAAGACCUCAUCAAACCUCAUUUUCAGUCACUCUCAGAAAAGACUCUAUCUUGGCUUUUGAAAGGAACAAGUGUGUUGUAUGGAGUUUUGUGCAUUGGAAUGGCAGCUCUAGCAUCUCUCAUUGGGGUUUUGUUACAGGCAGCCAUCAGUGUCUUUGGUAUCAUCGGUGGGCCCCUUUUGGGUUUGUUUUCUCUGGGCAUCUUAGUUCCCUUUGUCAACUCAAUGGGCGGAUUUGUAGGGCUCAUGGCUGGAUUUAUCAUUUCCUUUUGGAUUGGAAUUGGAGCUCAACUCUAUCCCCCACUUCCGGAGAGGACUUUACCUUUGAGUCUCGUUACUGAUGGCUGUAACAUAACUGGCUUCCACCACCAAGGGAAAUGGAACACAACCACAGAAAGGUCAUUUUCUACUAGUACUUUUCAUAGUUCUGAAAGAACUCCCCUAAUGGAUAAUUGGUACUCCUUAUCAUAUAUGCACUUCAGUACCGUUGGAACCUUGGUCACUAUAUUUGUGGGAAUUAUCAUCAGCCUCCUAACAGGAGGAAGAAAACAGGAUUUAGAUGACAGUCUCCUACUAACUAAAGAAGAUUUUUUAUCUAACUUUGACUUUUUAAAGAGGGAAAAACUAAUUUUGAACCCUCAGCCUUACACAAAGGAAGAUGGUGGAAUGGAUAACCCUACCUUCAGCUAUAUUGAAAUGUACUCCACAGAUGAGAGUAGAAAAACCAGUAGGCCAUACUGA